UACUCUCUCUCUCUCUCUCUCUCUCUCUCUCUCUCUCUCUAAAAACUCAAGACACACCAAAACCCCAAAAUUCAAAAGUUCAAACGGACACUGCCAAACCCCAGAAAUCGUUCUGAUCUGAAAUGGCCAACAUCUCCGAUUCCACCGCCUCUCUUCCUCCGUCGGCUCCGCCUCCUCCUCCGCUCUCCUCUACAACAAAGGAGAAUCUGACUCCGGUUGCCUGCAAGAUUGAGGAAUUGAAUGAAUCGAGGGCUGAGCUGCUUGGCAGAAUUCAAGGCUUGAAGAAGGAUUUGCAAACAUGGAGGUCAAAGCUAGACUCACAAGUUAAGGUCUACCGUGAUGAACUUUCGGAACUCAAACAAUCUCUCAACACUGAAGUGGAGCAACUUCGAUCAGAAUUUCGAGAACUGAGGACCACUCUUCAGCAGCAGCAAGAUGAUGUAACUACUAGUCUUCGAAACUUUGGGCUAGAGGACGUGAAAGGAAAUUCCAAGGCUGAUGAAGUAACCCUUGAGGAACACAAAGAAUCAGAUGCAUCAACCCCAGAGGAUGAUGGCAAAGAAGCUGAAAGCUAGACGGGGAUUAUCAUUGAGCAGACAUCAAGUAUGCUCAUUCCUGAAGGCAAGAUGAUUAUAUUGAAUCUCUAUAUGCUGCAUCUAUCUAGUUAGAAUCGGCCACAACCUUGUUGUCUUUCAUUAUGAAGAACAUUCUCCUGAACCAAAUUAUGUGGAAAUUUGUGUAGUUACUAAAUUUGAAGAAGCUUUUGAAGCAUCUUUCCCCCUGCUCAAUCCAUUUGCUACUGAUAUACUAUCAUAUUGUGUUUUACAUGUGCAUUUCAACGAAAAUCGAAUAUACGUUAUUUGGUUGCAAACGGUUGUCUUCUACAAGUUGUCAAAUACUGAAGUACAGGUAAAAUGUUCUUGGGUGUAUUU